AGCAGAGUGAGUUGGUGUUGUGAGACGUAAUUUAGCAGCCAUGCAGUGGAGAGCGAUGGAAAUCAAUCCUGAGAUGCUGAACAAAGUUUUGGCCCAGUUGGGUGUGUCUGGUGCCUGGAAAUUUGUGGAUGUCUUGGGAUUUGAGGAUGAAUCUCUGAACAAUGUUCUCACACCAGUCUGUGCAUUACUGCUACUUUUCCCCCUUACCCCACAGCAUGAAAACUUUAGAAAGUGCCAAAUAAAGGAGCUGCAAGAGAAGAAUGCAAACAAUAAAGUGUAUUUCUUAAAACAGACCAUUGGUAAUUCCUGUGGCACAGUUGGGCUUAUUCAUGCUGUGGCUAAUAAUAAAGAUAAAUUUAAUUUUGCUGAAAACUCUGUGUUAAAUGGUUUUAUCGAACAAACUGCUGCACUUUCACCUGAAGAAAGGGCAAUUCACCUAGAAAAAAAUGAGGCUAUAAAGUCUGCUCACAACUCUGUGGCUGCUGAAGGACAAUGCAGGGAGAACAGUGAUGUAAACUUUCAUUUUAUAUUGUUCACUGCUGUUGAUGGACAUCUUUAUGAGUUGGAUGGCAGACUUCCUUCCCCUGUGGAACAUGAUCCAACCGCUGAAGGCACUUUACUAAAGGAUGCAGCCAAAAUAUGCAGACAGUUUACUGAGCGUGAACAAGGAGAAGUUCGUUUUUCUGCUGUGGCUCUAAGCAAAUCUGCUUAACUUUGCGAAUACAAAGCACCUUAAUUCGGUAUACACUUGUAGACUGUGCAGCUUGAUUAUCUGUUCAGAGAAGUCAUUCCCUUUCUUGCUCCGUGCACUUGUGUGUACAAAGUGCUGAUCUGCACAUAUGGGUACAAAUCUAAAUGUAGUUGCUGUGAUCUGAUGCUUUACUUGCCUUUUCAAUUUGUAAUUGCUAACCACUUAAGUGCCACGCCUUGUUCUGUUGAAAUAAAACGCUGUUUCCAACUAAA